CCCACUCUCCCACCUCCGACCGGCCGGGGUUGCGGAGAGGCGCUGCUUGCCGGUUCUCGGAGCCGCCCUGUUGCCUCCGCUUCCUCCUUCCGCUCGCGGUGAGCCCGUCAGUCCCCGCACUGUGCGCUCCUCCAUCUGGGCCAUGGAUGGCGGGGAUCUGAUGAGCUUCUUUCUUCUGGCAUCAUUAACGGACCUUUUACCAUGAACAAUUCUACUUCUGCUCCAGGUGUGUAUGCUUCCUUCUUGGAUGAUGAGGAUGAGGGCUGCACCCUAACAGAGCAGAAAGCUGGAGCCUGGGUCACUGGAGACUCUUUACACAACUAAUGGGAAUGACAACAAGAAAUUUAAAGGAGAUAGACCUCCCUGUUCGCCUUCCCGUGUUCUCCAUCUUCGCAAAAUUCCAAAUGAUGUCACCGAAGCAGAGGUCAUAUCAUUAGGUCUACCAUUUGGCAGAGUAACUAAUCUUUUGAUUUUGAAAGGAAAAAGCCAGGCUUUCUUAGAAAUGGCUUCUGAGGAAGCUGCUGUUACUAUGGUGAAUUAUUACACGCCUGUUACUCCUCACCUCCGAAGCCAGCCUGUUUAUAUUCAGUAUUCCAAUCAUAGAGAACUUAAGACUGACAAUCUACCUAAUCAAGCUAGAGCCCAAGCUGCAUUGCAGGCCAUCAGUGCUGCCCAGCCGGGAAGCCUGGCCCUUUCUGGAGCUCCUACCAAUGAAGGCACAGUCCUAUCUGGGCAAAGUCCUGUGCUCCGAAUAAUUAUUGAAAACCUCUUUUACCCUGUUACUCUGGAAGUUCUUCAUCAGAUAUUUUCUAAAUUUGGCACGGUCUUGAAGAUUAUCACCUUUACAAAGAAUAAUCAGUUUCAAGCUUUGCUUCAGUAUGCUGACCCAGUGAAUGCACAUUAUGCCAGAAUGGCUCUGGAUGGCCAGAAUAUCUAUAAUGCAUGCUGCACUCUGCGUAUUGACUUCUCCAAGCUCACCAGCCUUAAUGUGAAAUACAAUAAUGACAAAAGCAGAGACUUCACUCGCUUAGACCUUCCUACUGGCGAUGGCCAGCCAUCUCUUGAACCCCCUAUGGCUGCUGCUUUUGAAAUAGAGUAUUUACACAUAAUGAAGAAGCACCCUCUGUGGCCCUCCUCAUCAGUUGCCUUCCUGUUCUCCCUGGCCCAAGGUGCACCAGGUAUAAUCUCCUCACCAUAUGCAGGAGCUGCUGGAUUUGGCCCAGCCAUUGGAUUUCCUCAAGCUACAGGUCUUUCAGUCUCUGCUGUUCCUGGAGCCCUUGGUCCUCUUGCAAUCGCCUCUUCUGCUGUCACUGGAAGGAUGACCAUUCCUGGAGCUGGUGGCAUACCAGGAAAUUCUGUUCUACUUGUCACCAAUCUCAAUCCUGAUCUUAUCACACCACAUGGGCUUUUUAUCCUAUUUGGAGUGUAUGGUGAUGUACAUCGAGUGAAGAUUAUGUUUAAUAAGAAAGAAAAUGCCUUGGUUCAAAUGGCAGAUGCAAACCAAGCUCAACUAGCAAUGAAUCAUCUGAGUGGUCAGAGACUUUAUGGAAAAGUGCUUCGUGCCACACUGUCCAAACAUCAAGCAGUUCAGCUUCCUCGAGAGGGACAGGAAGACCAAGGUCUGACUAAGGAUUUCAGCAAUAGUCCUUUGCAUCGCUUUAAAAAGCCUGGCUCUAAAAACUUCCAGAAUAUCUUUCCACCAUCAGCCACUCUGCAUCUUUCCAACAUCCCCCCUUCUGUUACAGUGGAUGAUCUGAAGAACCUUUUCACAGAUGCUGGGUGUUCAGUGAAGGCCUUUAAAUUCUUUCAGAAAGAUCGCAAAAUGGCACUCAUUCAAUUGGGAUCCGUGGAAGAAGCAAUCCAGGCCCUCGUUGAGCUUCAUAACCAUGACCUUGGAGAAAAUCACCACCUCAGAGUUUCCUUUUCAAAAUCCACAAUCUGACUUAUCUGUGAAUUUUUCUCCUAAGACUGGACCAUAAAUUCAGUAAAAUCUUCAGACAUAGACUGAAACAGCUCAAGACCAAUUCUGCCUCUUUCACAGAAAUAACUAAAAACUCUUGCUGAGUUUGAUAUUCAAGUAUAUUUAAAAAAAAAAAUCAAGGGAUAUUCUUUUUUCCCCCUGCUAAUAUGUGAUCAAAGGUUUGUUUUUCCUUUACACCACAGUUUCUUUGAAAAUAACCUUCAGGAAAAAAUAUUUUUCAAUAAUUUAAUUCCCUGUAUUGAAUUGAAUUUCAAGAGGACAGAUUUUCUUUUAGUUUGAGUCCAGAUCCGCCUUAUACAACAUUUCUAAACUCCUUUCUACUUUGAGAAAUUUAAACAUAUAGACUUUGAUGUAUGUGAUUUAAAUUACUUACAACCAAGUUUUUUAACUUUAUGAUUCUGAAAUUUGACCUCUGUAGAAAAUGAAGUUCAUUUAUAAAUUAUUUGCCAUAUAUUAAUAGUUGUUAUUAUUAUGCAUAGACAAUUUGACUUGUAUUAGAAGCAAAUUUAUAAACAUGCAUGUUUUCUUUCAUUGUUUCUUUUUUCACUGGAUGACACUCCUUUGAAUAAUGCACAUAUUUAACUUUUGAAGAUUAUUUGGAGAAAUGAAGUGUCUCCACUGUCCCCAGGGAAAUUAAGCAAGACUAACCAGGAUCUAUUAAUGUGUCAGAAUAAUUAGUAAUUUUAUUAGGAAAAAAUCAUGUUUUAAAUUUCAAAAUGACACUUAUUUGUCAAGUAAUAUAAUAUCUUGGAAAAUUUAAAAGGAGAAAUAAUCCUACUUAUAAACUACUUUUUUACAGUUGUUUUCAGAAAAAAGUUUACAGUCUUAAGGAAAAUAUUCAGGUCUAUCAUAUGGUUUGACAGAUUUUUUAAAAGUUAUUUUUGGUAAGGUCUUCUUUUAGAAAAAAAAAAAAUCUCAAGGGUUUUUUGUACCACUAUAAUCUCUAGUACUUAUUCAGAAUUACUGUGUAUUUACUUAAUUUCUUAUUAUGUGCCUUAUUAUGUGCUUAUGAUACAAUAGGUUAGAGUUUUAUCUAAGUAUCUUGAAAGCUGUAUUGUGGGCUUGUUGAGCAUUUUCUUUUGCUUUUUUCUUUUCCCUGUUUUAGUAAGGAUUUUAAAGAUUUUUUUUCAUUGCGAUUUUAAAUGGUUUUCAAUAAGUAAUAGUUUUUAUUCAAAUUUUUUGGUGCUUUGGUGCAGACAUUGGGUGGGGGAAGGUGAGUGGUUUUCAGAAUAACUCAGUGCACACCUGUAGGCCUCUUCACAUUGUACCUGGUAGCAGUCAUUGCCAGUUAUAGCAUUCCAAUUUGGGAUGUAAAAUGUAAAUUUAUGAAUCUUGUCUCAUCUUUAUCACCCAUCAGAAUUUGUCUCAGGAUUACUUGUUUUUUUUCAGUACUUAAGUAAGAACUUGCGUUUUUCUUUGUUAGUGUAACUUUAUUACUGAUUACCCACAUAUUUGGAGUAUGAGAAAGUAGAUUAUCUCCCCCUCCCUUCCUCUGGUUGACUGUUAAGAGUACAUUUUAAUGUUACUUCAGUGACUGUAUAAUGUAAGAUUGUUUCCUUUUAAUAAGAAACUUUGCUUUUGUUCAUUGUUCCUUCAAAGCUUGAUCAGAUAUUUUAAAAGCAGAAUUUGUCGAAAGGAUCAUUUUUGUCUACCCCCUUUAAACUUUUUCAGAUUCUCAGAGUGGCUUAUCUCAGCUUUUACAAGAGUAUCUCAAUCUCUUUGUUACAUUCCAACAAUUAAUUUGAACACAGGGAGGUUCUUACAAGAGAAAUAUUACAAAAAGAAGGAGACUGCAAGAGAUACUAUAAGUUGUUGAAAGCAGAAUUCACCCAACACUGAGCAACAGUAGUUGGUAGAAUAGGAAGGGCGACACUGAAGUGAGACCUUUCAGGUGGAUCCAUUUAGUUCUGGCUGAAUAGAUAGGUAGAAGGAUUUAUCUAGUUGGGUUUUUUUGUUUUUUGUUUUCCACUUACAAAAUAUAAUUUUAUCUAACACUGAGUAAGGGGAGGAAAAAAAAGUUUCUUUGAGAAAUCUUCCAAAAUUUGCUUCAGUUUUUUUUCCCACACUAUUAUAAUUUUUCAGUGGCAUGUUACAUUGGACUAUUUCACUUGUUUUGGUUAGGAAUUACUAUGUAAUUUAUUGAGUCAUGAUUCUUAUUCAGUGUAAGUAUAGCAAAAGUUACUGAGAGCAGGAAGGUGAUCAUAAUGGUGUUGAAUGUAAUUUUGAAGCAGGGAAUGGCCUUUAAAUCUGAGAGAACAUUUGAAUCCUUUUCAGGGAUUUGUGUAUGUGUAUAGAUAAAUGUAUAUACGUACAUACACUCUUCUAAUAUUGUACAUACACAUGCACAUUACAUACAUUUUAAUUGACAAAAUUAAUCAAAUUAAGAUUUGGAAAAGUGGGAUAUUCUUCUUUAAAAAUAGCGUGUUUGAAGCCAUCAAUUUGUGUCUAAAAUUAGCUGUAGCACAUGGAUGUUGUCCAUAUUUGGCUAUUUGCCCUUGAAUUAUAGAGGUCUACAGUCUUUGUGUUGGCAUGGUUUCUGUAAAAAUAUAAAAAAUCAGAGUGGUAGAAAAACUAGAUCUGUGUAUUUCUGUUUUGGCAUGCAUUUAUUCCCUAUCUUCUAAGCAAUGGUUUUUCGCUGUUGAUCUGUCAUAGUAUCCUAUUUUUAAGUUUAUUUACUUUAAGAAGUAUUGUCUUAACACUUUUGGAGGUGUUUUGACUUUUACACAAAGUAUAUAUAUUCAGAACUUUAAAAAAUAGCAGUACACAUUUAACAAUAGCAAUUUAUGCCAAAAAGUUCUACUUUGAGAUUUAAAUAACUUGAACAGCAGUACAAUGUGCUUUUUGUAAAAUACAAAUAGAAUGAGCCAGUUAUCUUAAUUGAUAACUUACCAGAGAGUCAAAUUACCCAGCAGCUCUUAUAAAAUGCCAUAAAUUCUUUGUUUAAGACUAAAAAUUGUAAUUAGUUAUUUGGAGUGAUGUGUCAGAUUGCUGUUUAGAGCUGCAGAUCUCACAGUUUUUAGAGACACAAUUUCUGCUUGCCUAAUUCCUUAUCGGAGCAAGGCCUACUUUGGCUCUACCUAGGAUAGUGAUCAAGUUGAGUGUAGGUUUUGUUUCAGUUGAUUAGAAGUAGCUCUCAUGAGUGUCUCUGUGAGUUUCAUACAAACUUUUCAAAGCCUCUGUGUCAUUAAGCAGCAGUGUUUAUACACUGAGUAUAUUGUCACACAGUUUCUCUUCUGUUCCCAGUAAGUAUUUUCUGGACAAAAGAUGACAAGCUUAGAAGUUUUUUUCCCCUCCAAUGAGUCACUUAAAAACUCGUAAGUUUCCCAAACUAUCAGCCUAUCUGUUAGAAAACCUAAUGUGUACUGCUAUUUUUAAAAUCAACAAGAGACAGCAUGACUAUACUUAAAAGCAUUUUUCUUGGCCUUUCCUUUGUCUGUUGUUAAGUAGAAUAAAACUGCCAGACUUAAAAUAUUCUACUGUUGUGCAAAAAGAAAUACAAUUUAGAUUGCACAGUUUUUCCUUUAAAGCAAAUAUAACUCAGCUGUGUUUUAAAAGAGCUGUGUUGUUACAUACAAGACUAUUUGCAGUCUUUUUUUUCAGAGCAAAUUGUAACAACUAGUUGUUGCGAAUGGUUUGAAAAAAUAGAAGAUUACUGAAAUAUUAAUUUGGGAGUUUUAUAGAGGGAGAAAAACAAAACAGGACCAAAGUUUAUGUGCCUUCUUCGGUAGUCUUAAUUGACUUUUUGUUCUAUUUCAGACUAAGGUAGUAUCAGUAUUCUGGUUUUCAGGAAGUAUGUGCUAUAUAGUUUUAAAAGAAUGUUGUCCCACAGACUAUUCAUACAAGCAAAAAAUUGUAACUGUAUAAUUGAGGUCUCAGUUACACUUUUGCCUUUAUCACAUAAUAUUCAUCAUGUAACAUUGUGCAGGUAUCCAGUAACAGAGCUGAUCUAAAUCUUUGUGUUAUUCAUCUUAGUUUUUGUAACCUGAGGCAUAUGUUCCAGAGAACAGGGAUAUUUGUCUGGUCCAGUGACCUUGGUGAUAAUAGUUGUUAAUUGAUAGCUGCUUACGGUAAGCUUACAUCAGCACUGUAAACAGAUUUUUUUUGUUGUGUUAUUUUCAGUUCUUGUAUCUAUGUAGUAGUUGUAAUAAGAUAUUUAAAUAACCGUUUUUUUGGUAUCAUUUAAAAAAUCAUAUUCUGGCCUUUUUUUCUUUACCGUUGUUACCCAGAUCUUUUAAAAAUCCAUCGCACAUCCAGAAAGUACUGAUUGUAAAGAUUGCUGACCAAGCAAAGUUUUUCAUCAAAAUGUCACCUCAUUGCUCUGACCAAAGACUGUUCUGGUUUUAACUCCUCUCUGUUAAGCAUUUUUUUCCAAGCUCUUUUCUGAAAGAAGACCCAGUGCAAAGCGGCCUUUACUUUCUAUUUCCUAUUAGUGAAUAGACUACUUAAAGAAAAUGGGAGUUUAAAUGUGAACAGAAUUGAUUAGGAUGACAAGGGUUUGAUGGGCAUUUUCAGUACUGUAUUCAAGAAAAAAAUAGCACAGCUAGGAGCCUCUGACAUUGUCUUGCAUUUUACGUGAUCUGUUCAUAAAAUUCCCUUUUUCAGUCUGUAAGAAUGUUCAUCUAACAGAAGAAAAUGCUGUAAAUAUUUGUAACAACAUUUUUUUUUAACCGGGCCAAAAAAAAAAAAAAAGGGUUUUUGGGAACAAGUUAACAUAUAAAGUGGUUUUAUAUAAAACAUCAAUUGUCUUGUAUAUUUUGAUAAGCAGCAGUACCAGUUUUCAUUUGUAACACAGUUUGUGACAUUGGAAGAAAAGGAUUCUGUGAUUGUUGAUAUGAAUUAUGUUAUAAA